AUUGCUUCAGAAAACCAGAGACCAGACAUGAACGAAGCAAUGUGGACAUCAGCACUUGUCAUACUCUGGAUGGUGACCAAGCCUGGUUACACUGACAAUGCAUGCCCAGAGGUGAAGAUUGUGGAGGUUGGAGGCUCUGAUAAGCUAACGAUCCUAAGAGGAUGUCCUGGAGGUCCAGGAACCAUUGGACAGAAAGGAGAACCUGGAAUACCUGGGGAGAAAGGAGAAAGAGGAGACAUUGGAUACUCUGAUUCUCCGUAUGCAGGCUUCACACCCGGCAGAAACUGCAUGGAGCUUAUGGAACAGGGAACGGUGCUGAGUGGAUGGUACACAAUAUACCCUGAUGGCUACCUGAAGGUGCUGUGCGACAUGUACACUGAUGGCGGAGGAUGGAUAGUGUUCCAGAGACGUUGGGACGGGUCAGUGGAUUUCAGGCAGAACUGGGAUUCCUACAAGAAAGGGUUUGGCAGCCAGCUGAGCGAAUUUUGGCUGGGGAAUGAAAAUCUCCAUAAAAUAACCUUGUCAGGAACAUGGGAGCUCCGCAUCGAUUUUAAAGAUUUUGAGAACAACAGUUAUUUUGCCAAAUACAAAUCAUUCAAAGUUUUGGGAGAAUCUGAAAAUUACAAGUUGCUUCUGGGGGCUUUCUCUGACGGCAGUGCAGGGGAUUCCUUGAGUUAUCAAAAUAACAUGGCGUUCACCACUAUGGACAGGGACAAUGAUCUCUAUGCAAGUAACUGUGCUGAUUUAUACAAGGGAGGCUGGUGGUACCACACUUGCCAUUAUGCAAACCUGAAUGGUCUGUAUCUGCCAGGACAACACGACACCUAUGGAAUCGGUAUUAAUUGGAAAACCGGCAAGGGCUAUCACUACUCCUACAAGCACAUCGAGAUGAAAAUCAGGCCUGUGUUACAAAAAUGAAAUGCAAAUUUUGAAUAGGCAUCUGCCUGGGGCCUCAAACUUUUGUGGGUUUCCUAACCAUUGUCAAAUAACUUUUAGCUUUUUCCAUGUCUUCAUAACUUGAACUGCCUUUUAUACCAAAUGUGUUGAUUUUAGUUUUCUUAUGCCAGCUUACCAGAAUUAGGUUGACCCUGGUGUAUUUUCUAUCCUUUCUGCAGUUUGAUUUUAUAUUAUUACUAUGAUGUAUGUAAUGCACCUGCUGUAGCAUUAUUUUCUUUAUAGCACAAUGUUAUUAAUUUUUUUCACUAAAGAAAAAUAUAAAUGUUAUUUACAGAAACCAA